AUGGAGCUGGUUUUUGGAGUUGCUAUGGAUGAUCUUGGUCCUGUAGAAGACCAUGGAUGGAUAUUCAUAUCAGACCAACAAAAGGGGUUGGACAAAGCCUUUGAUAUUGUUGUGCCUCAAGCCCAACAUAGGUGGUGUGUUAGGCAUAUGUGUGGGAACUUCAAGGAAAAGUAUAAGGGCAAGGGAUUGAAAGAUCUUUUAUGGAGUGCAGCUAGGGCUCCCAAUAGCCAGGACUUUGAGGUUGAGAUGAAUAAGCUAAAAGAGAUGGAUGGGGGUGCUUAUAAUUGGUUGAUGGGGAAAGAUCUAAAUAAGUGGGCUAGACAUAGCUACAUCUUGGGUGCCCGAGAUAAACCUAUAUUGACCAUGCUAGAAAUGAUAAGGUGUAACCUAAUGAAAAGGUUGGAAGUGAAGAGGAUUGCUAUGGCAAAACAUGAGGGGGUCAUUUGCCCUAAAAUUCAAAAGAUGUUACGGCUAGGAAUUGUAUGCCAAUAG